AUGUUCGCGGCCGUCGCGCGGCUACUGCCGCUGUUGCUGCUGCCAACGGUUUUGUCACCGCCCUCUGCGCUCGCCGCGAACAUAUUGGCGUUCAUGCCCAUGCCGCUGAAAAGCCACUUCGGCGGGUUCCAGCCGAUGUUCGAGGAGUUGGCCCGCCGGGGCCACAACGUCACCGUGGUCAGCUCGUUCCCGCUGGCGAACCGACGAGUCCCGAACUACACCGACGUGGACGUGACGCCGGUACAGGGUCUUCCAGAAAUCGACGUGAUGCAGUUGAUCAACAUCAAUUUCGUAAUGACAGUGACGAACAGAUGGUUUUUCGCCAAUCUCUUGUCGGCCCAAAUGGAUCACCCGAAUUUGAUAGACUUCUUGCGGUCGGAGGACAAAUCGUUCGAUUUGGUCAUUGUCGAAUCUUUCCUCCAAGAAUACACCGUGGCCCUCGGUCAUAAGUACAACGCUCCCGUCGUCAACUUGUCGCCGGGAAUGGUCUGGGUCAGCGUCAGCCGAUGGUUGCAAUUGCCUUCGACAUUUUCGUAUGUGCCUGAUUGCUGCAUAGGCGUGACGGACGAAAUGAGUUUCACGGGCCGUUUAAAGAACACCAUCGUCGGAUUUGUACAAAUGUUCGUGGAGGACUAUUUUUAUAUACCGAUGAUGAAGGCAAAAAUGAUCAAGCACUUCACAUACGUUGGUUCGGAUACGAGACCUACGCUCGAGCAAAUGCUGAACAAUGUGUCACUGACGCUGAUGAACGCUUACCACGCGGUCGGUGUGUGUCGACCGUAUUUACAGGGAGUUGUCGAAGUAGGAGGAAUGCAUCUCAAAGAACCGAAACCAUUACCCAAAGAUUUACAAGAUUAUAUUGAUUCAGCUUCUAACGGUGUCAUAUAUUUUUCUUUUGGUUCGAUGGUCAAUUUAUCGAAUCUACCAAAAGAAAAAAUGAGUAGUUUUCUCAAUGCCAUCAGUCGUUUAAAGCAAAAAGUAAUUAUAAAAUGGGUACCAGAUAAAAGUAUAAAAUUGCCACAAAACGUAAAGGUCGGUUCGUGGUUGCCUCAGAAUGAUAUUUUAGCUCAUCCAAACGUGAAACUUUUUAUUACUCAUGGAGGUUUACACAGUAUCGAGGAAGCUGUGUACAACGAAAAACCGGUGAUUGGCAUACCAUUUUUCGCUGAUCAACUUUCCAACAUGAGACUGGUCGAGAAAAUUGGCUAUGGAAAGUUGAUAACUUUUGAUCAACUAACCGAAGAAUCGUUUGGAAACGCUGUCGAAGAAGUGAUAUCAAAUCCGGUGUUUAAGGAUAAGGCAAUGAUUCAGAGUCAGGUGUUCAGAGAUCAACCGAUGAAACCUUUAGAUCGAGCAAUAUACUGGAUAGAGUACGUCAUUCGGAACGAUGGAGCUCAAUACCUAAAAGCUGAAUCUAUAGGACUAAACACUGCGCAGUAUUUUUUGUUCGAUGUCACAUUAUUUUUACUUGUACCUACAGCAAUUGUUGCUUGGUUGGGUUACCGUGGUAUAGUUAAAGUUUCAUCAAAAUGUAAAGUUGACUAA